GAUAGGGAGAGGGAGACAUUGGGAUAUAGGGGAGGGAGGGACAGACAGGUGGGGGGAAUCCAUCUAGUGACAGAGAGAGAGACAACGGAGUGAGAAAAAGUAGAACCAAAGUUUUGAAAAUCUAGGAUAGAGAAGUGAGGGAGGAGAGACUCAGGGAAGAGAGAGAGAGAGAGAGAGAGCGGUGGGGGGGGGGAAGGGAGACAGUGAAUGAGACAAGGUGAAAUAAGGAGGGAGAGAAAGACAAAAGGAACUGAGGGAAGAGUGAGAGAGAGAGAGAGAGAGACACUGAGGAAAGAGAGAGAGAGAAACUAAGGAGAGAGGGAGAGAGAGAAACUGAGGAAAGAGAGAUAAAAACUGAGGAGAGAGAGAAACUGAGGAGAGAGGGAGAGAAACUGAGGAAAGAGAUAAAAACUGAGGAAAGAGAUAAAAACUGAGGAAAGAGAGAGAGAGAAACUGAGGAGAGAGGGAGAGAGCGAGAGAAACUGAGGAGAGAGGGAGAGAGCGAGAGAAACUGAGGAAAAGAGAGAGAGAGAAACUGAGGAGAGAGAGAGAGAAAAACUGAGAAAAGAGAGAGAGAUAAAAACUGAGGAAAGAGAGAGAGAGAAACUGAGGAGAGAGGGAGAGAGCGAGAGAAACUGAGGAGAGAGGGAGAGAGCGAGAGAAACUGAGGAAAAGAGAGAGAGAGAAACUGAGGAGAGAGAGAGAGAAAAACUGAGAAAAGAGAGAGAGAGAAAAACUGAGGAAAGAGAGAGAGAGAAACUGAGGAGAGAGGGAGAGAGAAAAACUGAGGAGAGAGGGAGAGAGCGAGAGAAACUGAGGAAAAGAGAGAGAGAGAAACUGAGGAAAAGAGAGAGAGAGAAACUGAGGAAAGAGAGAGAGAAAAACUGAGGCAAGAGAGAGAGAGAAACUGGGGGGGGGGGAGAGAGAGAGAGAAAAACAGAGGGAAGGGAGAGCCAGACAGUGCUAGGUAGUGAGGUGGAAAGAGAGAGGGUGAAGGGCGAGAGAGAGAGAUAAGUGAGUGGAAGAUAGUGUGAGAGAGCGAGGAACACCGACGGGGCAGUUGGUCAGCCUGAGGAGCAGGCCUGGGUUUCUGGACGGGACGCUGAGAGCGGGAAGGUUGGGGUGAGCCAAGGGGGCCAUUCUCGGGGAGGGUGGGCCUAGCGAAGAGGUGCCAUGACCUGGGGCCUACUCUCCGUGUUGGCCUACUGCGUCUGGGGCCUAGUCCAAUGCCAGACGGCAGUGACACAGCAGCGCCUGGUCAGAUGGGGGGCGCCGCUGAGCCCCGGGCUCCCGGGACGACUCCCCGCCCCGGGCCCGACCCGGAAGCUUCCGGAAAGAGGCAUCCCGCGUCCCGGACGGCUGAGGGAGACCCUGGGGGCCACGCCCAGACCCCGACCGGGCGAAGGCGCUGUCACCUUCUGCCAGGUGGAUGGGUGGUUGCUGUACCAGGGGGCGAUCUGGUCCCCCCGACCCUGCCGCGUCUGCACCUGCGAGGCAGGAGGCGCCCUCUGCGAGGACAUCGAGUGCCUGGCCCUCAGCUGCGAGAAGACCCAGAGGCCGCGUGGCCAGUGCUGUCCAGUGUGCGUGCCAGACCACCGCCAAGGGACCUCCGCCCGGCCAGGCCUAGGGGGCGCUCCAAGCGGAGGCCGCGACCGCGUCCCGGCCAAUGGCAAGGUGGCCGGGAGGCGACCCAAGGCCCGAGGGGAUGCCAGGCUUCGGGAAGCCGCCCGCCGGCCCUCGCGUCCGGCCCGAGGGAGGAAGGCGCCGGAGGAGGGGCCAGGAGCUCGCGGCAAGCGGGGGUCGCCCCGACGACCGGGCCCAGCUGGAGCCAGGACACGGGAGGCGGCCCUCCUCCGGCCCGUAGCCGUCUCCCGAGGUAGUGGAGGGGAGCCAGAAGUCGGCCUCCAGGCAGUAGGCCGCGCGGAAGGCGAGGUAGGCCCCAGGAGGCCAGAGGUGGGCCUGAGGAAGCCGGAGUUAGGCCUCAAAAGGCCAGAGGUCGGCCCCACGAACCCAGAGUUACGUCCGAAGGAGCCCGACCUCGGCCCCAAGAAACCAGAGUUAAGCCUGAAGGAGGUGGGGGUAGGCCUGAAGAAGGAAGGUCUGAAUAGCCCAGAGGUCAGUGUGAAGAUCCCAGAGGCAGGCCUGAAGGAGCCUGAGACAGGCCUGAAGGAGCCAGAUGUAGGCAUUGAGAAGGUAGGCCUCUGGAGCCCAGAGUUCGGCCUGAAGGAGGUAGGCAUAAAAAGCCCAGAGGUAAGCUUGAAGAAGGUAGGUCUCAAAAGCCCAGACAUGGGCCUGAAGAAGCCAAAAGUAGGCCUGAAGAAGCAAGUGGUAGGCCUGAAAGAGGUAGGCCUCAAGAGCCUAGAAGUAGGCCUGAAGAAGCCUGAAGUAGGCCUGAAGAAGCCAGAGGUAGGCCUGAAGAAGCCAGUGGUAGGCCUGAAAAAAGUAAGUCUCAAAAGCCCAGAAGUAGGCCUGAAGAAGCCAGAGGUAGGCCUGAAGAAGCCAGUGGUAGGCCUCAAAAGCCCAGAAGUAGGCCUAAAGAAGCCAGAGGUAGGCCUGAAGAAGCCAGAGGUCAGCCUGAAAGAAGUAGGGCUCAAAAGCACAGAAGUAGGCCAGAAGAAGCCAGAGGUAGGCCUGAAGCAGGUAGGCCUCAAAAGCCCAGAAGUAGGCCAGAAGAAGCCAGAGAUAGGCCUGAAGAAACCAGAUGUAGGCCUGAAGCAGGUAGGCCAGAAGAAGCCAGUGGUAGGCCUGAAGGAGGUAGGCCUCAAAAGCCCAGAGGUGGGCCUGAAGAAGCUUGAGGCACACCUUAAAAAAACAGAAGUGGGCCUGAAAACGGUAGGCCUCAACAAGCCAGACGCGAGCCUGAGAAAGGGAGGCCUCAACAAGCCAGAAGUAGAACUUGAGAAUCCUGAGGUAGGCCUGAAGAAAGUUGACCUCAAGACACUGGAGGCCGGAGACCAGGGGCUGAAGCAGGGACAAGGCGUCAAGAAGCCAAACAGAGGGCGCAAGAAGGCUAAUGUGGACCCGAAGGUGCCCAAAAUGGGCGACAAGCAGCAGGUGGUUCAUGGGAAACCGGCUAGAGGCCGGGGGAGUGCCAGGGAGCAGGGCCCAGGACCCAGCAAGGAGCAGAGGGCCCAAAGGAAGCCGGGAGCAGGCCGGGCCGAGGUGGUGAAGGGGCAGACAAAAGGGAGGAAGUCUCCCGGCGCCAGGAAGGAUGGCAAGGAGAACCAGGCCGGAGCCAGCGCCCGCAACGGCACCGGUGUCUCCGUGCCUUUCCCCCAGGAGCUCCUACCACCCCCCGAGAGCGAGACGGGGGCACCGUCUCUGCCCGUGGGCUGCAUCCUGGCGGAGAACGCGAUUGCCUGCCCAGCUGCCAAGCUGACGGAGAUCCCGAAACUGGUGGACCCAGGUUUACAGACUCUCUACCUGGCAGACAAUGGCAUCCGGUCCGUUUCUGCGUCGGAUUUUUCCGGGCUCCCUAAUCUCCAGUGGUUGGAUCUGAGCCGGAACAGGAUCGCGGGAGACAGCUUGGAUUCCGACGCUUUCCGGAACCUGACCAGACUCCGGAGGUUGAACCUGGAUGGGAACCGCAUCUCGCGGGUGCCUCACUUGCCGGGCUCCCUCCGGGAGCUGAAACUCAACGAUAACCGUCUCCGGAGGCUGGACCGUCGCAGCUUCCGAGGCCUGCACCAGCUGCUCACCCUGGGCCUGGAAGGGAACAACCUGAACGACGGCAAUGUCCACCCUGGUGCGCUGCGCUCCCUCAAGAGCCUGGUCUACCUGCGUCUGGGCCGUAACCGCUUCCGGGCACUGCCCUCCGGCCUGCCCUCCACCCUCAAGGAGCUGCACCUCGAGAACAAUCACAUUGAGGAGGUUCCCGGCGGUGUGUUGAACAAGACCCUGAACCUCACCCUGCUGGUCCUUCGCCACAACCGACUUCAGGAAACCCGGAUCCACCCUCGCGCCUGGAUCCACCUGCGGAAGCUGGAGAUGUUGGAUCUCUCCCACAACCGGCUGGUGCACGUCCCGUCUUUCCUGCCCACGGGAACGCGGCAGCUCCUGCUCCACCACAACCAGAUCGAGAGGAUUCCCGGCUACGUGUUCGCCCACCUGGACCCCGGCCUGGAAUUCCUGCACCUCUCCUACAACCGGCUGCAGCACACCGGGAUCCACGGAGUCUCCUUCCUGGGCCUGGGCGAUUCCCUGCAGGAGCUGCUGCUGGAUCACAACCAGCUGGGGGCUAUCCCAGCCGGACUGCUGCAGCUCCACGCCCUGCAGGUCCUGCAGCUCAGUCACAACCACAUCUCGUAUGUUCCAUUAGACUCAGUGUGUGACACGCGGAUUAGUGAGGAUUCCAGCCUGGUGUCUGUCCACUUGGAGAACAACGUGAUAGACCCUCGCCUCAUCCCUCCAACAGCCUUCUCCUGCAUCUCCUCUUAUCAGAGUGUUAUCCUGCGCCCACAGAGAUAUGAGGAAUGACCCCCUUGCUGGACUCACAGCUUAUCGCAACUAUGGUUCCCCUCCCUCCCGACCGCCAAACCCUCACUCUGACCCCUCACCCUGAACGCUAAUCCUUCACCCUGACCCCUCACCCUGAACGUCAAUCCCUUCACCCUGAGCACCAAUACAUCACCCUGACCCUUCACCCUCAAUGUCGAUUUGUCACCCUGACCCCUCACCCUGAACGUCAAUCCCUCACUCUGACUCCUCACCCUGAACGCCAAUCCCUCACUCUGACCCCUCACCCUGAACGCCAAUCCUUCACCCUGACCCCUCACCCUGAACGUCAAUCCCUUCACCCUGAACACCAAUACGUCACCCUGACCCUUCACCCUGAAUGUCGAUUUGUCACCCUGACCCCUCACCCUGAACGCCAAUCCCUCACUCUGACCCCUCACCCUGAACGCCAAUCCCUCACCCUGACCCCUCACCCUGAACGCCAAUUUGUCACCCUGACCCCUCACCCUGAACGCCUAUCCCUCACCCUGACCCCUCACCCUGAACGCCAAUUCGUCACUCUGACCCCUCACCCUGAACGUCAAUCUGUCACACUAACACCUCACCCUGAACGCCAAGCCCCUCACUCUGACCCCUCACCCUGAAUGCCAAUCCCUCACCCUGACCCCCUCACCCUGAACGCCAAUCUGUCACACUAACACCUCACCCUGAAUGCCAAUCCCUCACCUUGACCCCUCACCCUGAACGCCUGUCACCCUGACCCCUCACCCUGAACGCCCAUCCAUCACCUUGACCCCUCACCCUGAACGCCAACCCCUCACUCUCACCGUUCACCCUGAACACUCACCCAUCACCCUGAACCCCAUCUACGCACGAUACUGGACCCCUGGCCCUCACACCCAGUUCUGACCUUACAGUGACUCCUUGACCCUUGACCCCUUUUUCCUGACUGGGCCUCAGGUCACCCCUGACGGUCCAGCCCCACCUGACACCAAAUCCCUUCCCCCCCCCCCCCUCCACCUCCCCGUGUUGUCCCUGUCCCUGGGAGUGGGGGACAGUGUAGAGGGAGCUUUACUCUGUAUCUAACCCCCUGUCCCUGGGAGUGGGGGACAGUGUAGAGGGAGCUUUACUCUGUAUGAAACCCCCCUGUCCCUGGGAGUGGGGGGACAGUGUAGAGGGAGCUUUACUCUGUAUCUAACCCCCUGUCCCUUGGAGUGUUGGGACAGUGUAGAGGGAGCUUUACUCUAUAUCUAACCCUCUGUCCCUGGGAGUGGGGGACAGUGUAGAGGGAGCUUUACUCUGUAUCUAACCCCCUGUCCCUGGGAGUGUUGGGACAGUGUAGAGGGAGCUUUACUCUAUAUCUAACCCUCUGUCCCUGGGAGUGGGGGACAGUGUAGAGGGAGCUUUACUCUGUAUCUAACCCCCUGUCCCUGUGAGUGGCGGGAUGGUGUAGAGGGAGCUUUCCUCUGUAUCUAACCCCCUGUCCCUGGGAUUGUGUGAUAGGGGACAGUGUAGAGGGAGCUUUACUCUGUAUCGAACCCCCUGUCCCUGGGAGUGGGAGACAGUGUAGAGGGAGCUUUACUCUGUAUCUCAUCCCCUGUCCCUGGGAAUGGGGACAGUGUAGAGAGAGCUUUACUCUGUAUGUAACCCCCUGUCCCUGGGAGUGGGGAAGAGUGUAGAGGGAGCUUUGCUCAGUAUCUAACCCCCUGUCCCUGGGAGUGGGGAAGAGUGUAGAGGGAGCUUUGCUCAGUAUCUAACCCCCUGUCCCUGGGAGUGGGGGGACAGUGUAGAGGGAGCUUUACUCUGUAUCUAACCCCCUGUCCCUGGGAGUGGGGGAGAGUGUAGAGGGAGCUUUGCUCAGUAUCUAACCCCCUGUCCCUGGGAGUGGGGGGACAGUGUAGAGGGAGCUUCACUCUAUAUAUAACCCCCUGUCCCUGGGCGUGUGUGAUGGGAGACAGUGUAGAGGGAGCUUUCCUCUGUAUCUAACCCCCUGUCCCUGGGCGUGUGUGAUGGGAGACAGUGUAGAGGGAGCUUUCCUCUGUAUCUAACCCCCUGUCCCUGGGCGUGUGUGAUGGGAGACAGUGUAGAGGGAGCUUUCCUCUGUAUCUAACCCCCUGUCCCUGGGCGUGUGUGAUCUGUGAAAUAAAGUGACCGGUUUAUGUGUGAAA